AUAAAAUUUAAAUAUCAUUAAAUGUCUGACGACGAAAAUCAAUUUGAGUAAGGAAAUGCAGGAUCAUCUCAUACAUAUACUGAAAGUGCUGGUUCAUUAAAGAAAGGAGGUUAUGUUAUGCUUAAGGGACAUCCUUGCAAAAUUACUGAUGUAUCAACAUCUAAAGCAGGAAAACAUGGUCAUGCUAAAGUAAUUAAUUAAAUUAAUAAAUUAGGCUUCAAUAGUAGGAAAGGAUAUUUUCACAAAUAAAACUUAUGAAGAUUCAGCUCCAACUUCUCAUAAUGUGGAUGUUCCUUUUGUUACUAAAAAGGAAUACACUUUAAUGGAUAUUCAAGAUGAUGGAUUUGUCAUUCUUAUGAAUGAUGAUGGAUCAACUAAAGAAGAUCUUAAAUUACCAGAAACUGAAGAUGACUUUAAUUUGGUUAAAGAAAUCAAAGAUAUGUUUGGUGGUAACAAGUAAAUUGAAUAAUUAAUUUCUAAGAGACUUAUUAAUUUCAGUUCUUUCUGCUAUGGGAGAAGAAAAAAUAGUUGGAGUUAGAGAAGCAUAAGAUAAAUGAUUCAUAUUAAAUAUAUAGUAAAUAUUUAAUUGUAAAU